AUGGCCGACGAAGAGCACGAAGGCGCCACCGUCCAGGAGCAGCUUAUUGAGGCUUGCCGCCGCAACAACCCCGACCUGCUCGCCGAGGUGCUCAAGGGCCGCUCCGAGACCGAGGCCGCCCGCCUGCUCAACGAGACCGUCACCGUCCUCGGCAACCACCUCUACCACGAGGCCGCCUCGCAAGGAAACUACGAAAUCAUCGAUGCCCUCCUCGACCAGCCCGGCUUCGAGUGCGACCCCAUCUCCCGCCGCGACGGCGACACCCCGCUCCACACCGCCAUCCGCUGGUCCAACGCCGAGCCCGCCGCCCAGCAGCCCUUUGCCCAGGCUCUCGUCGGCAUGAUGCUCGAGGCCGGCUCCAACCCGCGCAUCAAGAACAAGGCCGGCCUCACCGCCACACAGCUCGUCGACCCGCGCUACCCGCAGAUGCGCCAAUUGAUCCAGACGCAAGAGUACAUGCUGCUCAACGCCAGCGAUUUUGUCGACGACAGUUCCAACAGCAACAGCAGCAGCAAGCCCUCGUCUGCACCGCCGCCGCCGCCACCACCACCGGGCCGCCCAAGCGGUGCCGCACCAGCCAUACCGUCGUCGGCGGCACCACCGGUCCCGCCGCCGGCUGCCACCGCAUACGAUGACGACGCCGAGUUUAGUGGCAGUGACGAUGAGGAGCGGGCAGAGUGGGAGCGGCAACGGCGGCAACGGCGGGCAUAG